AUGGACCAGAAAGCACUGAGGUUCUUUCUAGCUGGAGCAUGGGCGGCCCUGCUGUCACUGCAGGGCGCAUGUAGUUUUGUACCGGAUGAUCCUCCCACCUUUCUCACUUAUGGAGUUAAGCAGACCCUGCCCGAAGAUGCUGCUCAGGAGCAAGUUUACUACCUGCAGCAGCUUUUUGGGCAGUACGGGGAGAACGGCACCCUGUCCUUCGAGGGCCUGACACGCCUGCUGCUUAGCCUGGGACUAGGGAAGGUGCAGGUCGUGGAAAUUGAGCAUGAUGCACUGGGCCAUGGCCAUGUCUCCCAUCUGGACAUCCUGGAGGUCCAAGAGAACAAGCACUUGCACUUCCAUUCGGCACUGGAACACCUCCACACGACUGAGCAUAGAAGCAAGGUUCAAGCAGAGGGUGUUACCCCCAGGAAUGGAUACUCUCAGAUGGGCUAUAUUACCCCAGCAUCAGUACCUCCUGCACUCCCCGGUACCAGUCAUGUCACCAAACCAAGCUCCUGGCAAACGACAGAGCAUCCUGGGAAGGGUGAAACCUCUUUCAAAUCUCCCCUUGGACAUGCUGGCCUAAAUCUUCUGGAGAGGGUCAUUGCCCUGGAUCAUUCUGUCUAUAACCACCUGCAUGAGGAUUGCCUCAAUGUAUCACAGUUGCUGGUGAAUUUUGGCUUGAAUCCUGUCUCCAAGAUCACUCCAGAGCAGUUCACUCUGCUGUGUCCAGCUUUGCUCUACCAGAUUGAUAGCCGGGUUUGCAUCCAGCACUAUGAUGAGGUGGUGUCUCCUGGCAUGAAGGGGAGCUCUCUCUGGCCCGGUUUAGGCUGGGGAUUUGCAGCCGUCACCCUGACCAGUUUGCCUUUAGCGCUAGCUAUUGUCCUUGUUCCUCUUCUCAGCAGUGAAGUCUUUCGAUUCCUUCUCAGUUUUCUCGUGGCGCUGGCUGUGGGGACACUGUGUGGAGACGCUCUGCUGCACCUCUGGCCACAUGCACAAGAAAGACCCCAUGAUCUGCUGCCCUUGAAUCAUGAGGCCUUAGUAGAUGAUGCAGCACUGAAAGGCUUGUGCGUGCUGGGAGGCAUUUACCUGCUGUUCCUCAUUGAGAAUCUCAUGGGAACACUGAGGAAAGUUCACAGAAAGCAAGGCACCACUGGAAAGCCAUCUGACAGAUCUCCUGCCAAGACAGAGGACAGCAGCCAUAUCAGAGUCAGGGCAACACCUCAUGGUGCUGAAACUGAGAGUCUGACAAUGCCUGAAGGAGAAACUGGGACUCUCUUCAGUGAGGUACAGGACUGUGCUGUCCAAAUCCGCAACUCGGAAGACUUGGAGAGGCAGGCAGCAGAGCUCCAUCACCAUGGCCAUUCCCACAGUCCAGCCGCCAGCCUCAGUGCCGGGAUCGCAGACAUAGCAUGGAUGGUUAUUCUAGGGGAUGGGAUACAUAAUUUCACAGAUGGGUUGGCCAUUGGGGCUGCUUUCUCUGAUGGAGUCUCGAGUGGUUUAAGUACGACGGUGGCUGUAUUCUGCCAUGAAUUGCCGCAUGAACUUGGAGACUGUGCUGUCCUGCUCCAGGCAGGCAUUCCUCUCCGAAAAGUGUUUCUCUUCAACCUGCUCUCUGCUUUUCUGGCCUACUGUGGUACAGUAGUGGGGACACUUGUUAGCAAGGGCACUUCAGAAGUCACCUCAUGGAUCUUUGCUAUCACUGCUGGCAUUUUCCUGUAUGUGGCCUUGGUGGACAUGCUGCCUGAGUUGCUGCAAAGGCGCUCUCCCGGGUGCAAAAGAGGCUCCUUCAUACACUUUUUCCUCCAGAACUUGGGCUUCCUUCUGGGUGGAGCCCUUAUGCUCUGCAUUGCCAUCUUCGAAGGCCAGAUCAGUUUCCACGUGGACUGGUAGCACUUUCUCAGCU